GGACUAUACAUAUAUAUACCUCUGUUCACUCCAACGACUGUAGUUGAUUGCGCAGAUUGUCAUGAUCCCCAACCUGUCAUCAUGCUUCUCUUAGAUUACCAAAAUGUUCUUAUCCAAUCUCUCCUGACAGAGCGAUUCUCCGGAGCGCCUCCCGUAUCUAUUGACCAAAUUGUUUCUGAUUUCGACGGUGUCACAUUCCAUAUUUCCACCCCCGAAGCUAAAUCCAAAAUCCUCAUCUCCAUCUCCCUCAAAUGUUUCCGCGAGCUAGUGCAGUACGGAGCACAGAGUGUCCUCGAACGGGAAUAUGGACCAUUCAUUGUCUCCCCAGAGCCUGGAUACGAUUUUUCAAUUGUAGUUGAUCUGGAGAAUCUCCCUGCGGAACCAGCGGGUAGGGAAGACUUGGUUAAUCGUAUUGCGCUCAUGAGGCGGAAUGUGAUGGCCGCGCCAUUUGAAAAGGCAUUCGAUGAAUUUGCCGAACUACAGGAGGAGGCGGCGAGAUACACUUCUGAAUCAGCGCCCCAGGGUGUGGCGGAAGGAGGUGAGGUUAUGGCAAUCCAUUAUCGGGAACAGGAAGCAAUAUACAUCAAGGCCAGCCACGACCGGGUGACCGUGAUCUUCAGCACUAUUUUCAGAGAUGAGACGGACAGGAUAUUCGGCAAAGUGUUUCUGCAAGAAUUCGUUGACGCAAGAAGACGGGCGAUCCAAAAUGCUCCACAAGUACUUUUCCGUCAUGAUCCCCCGCUUGAACUUCAAGGCAUUCCGGGGGUUAAGGCUUCCGGAGACGGCGAUGUCGGUUACAUUACUUUCGUUCUCUUCCCUCGCCAUCUUACACCCCAACGACGUGGAGAGAAUAUCUCCCACAUCCAGAUCUUCCGUGACUAUUUCCACUACCAUAUCAAAGCUUCCAAGGCAUAUAUCCACUCGAGAAUGCGGAGACGAACAGCGGACUUCCUACAGGUUCUCAAUCGUGCCCGACCGGAGAAUGAGGAACGGGAGAGAAAGACUGCAAGCGGCAGGACAUUCCGUGUUCAAGGUUGAGAAGUUGUGGAGGAAUAACGACUGCGCCCAUUUUUAUGGAUCCCUCUUAGAUGUUUUCAGAAGUUCCUGUGCUAUUCGCACUUUUAUGUCACUUUAUUUACCGCGCCGCGCUUAUCUGUGCAUGUUCGUCAUUACGCAUCAAGAUGAAACCCUCCUCAAGGUCUACAAAUGCAUCCUCCAGGCUUGCUGGGUACUGAUAGCGCCAACGCUGCCCCGUAUUGAUAAAUCGUUUCGCUU